GAACAGUGACACAGUGAGUCAGAGAUGGUGGCUGGCGCCUGGUGCACAGAGGUUUCUGCCUGGGGAUUGAUGUGAAGCAGAGGCCAGGACUGAUCAUCGGGUCAGGAGGCAGCCUGAAGGCAGCCAGCUUGGACACUCUGCCGCAAUGGGAGAAUCCGUGCUGAAGAAAGACACUGCAACCUGGCAAAGGCCUCAAAUCUCCAAGAAAGCACUGAUGGAAUGUUGCCUGGUGAAGUGGAUCGUUAGUCGUGCGAUCCCGCACAGAACAGAUAACAGUGACAUUGAUGAUGAGCUAUCGACACUGCGCCAUCAGCCUGAGGGUCUUGAUGAACUACAAGCAAGGACCAAGUUCUCCAAGAAAGAAAUCCAGUCUCUGUACAGGGGCUUCAAAAAUGAAUGCCCCAGUGGGAUGGUGGAUGAGGAAACUUUUAAAGCAAUUUAUUCCCAGUUUUUCCCACAGGGAGAUGUUACGACGUAUGCGCAUUUCCUGUUUAAUGCAUUCGACACAGACAAGAGUGGAGCGAUUCGAUUUGAGGAUUUUGUUAUUGGUCUGUCUGUUUUACUGCGGGGAACCGUGAAUGAGAAACUCAUCUGGGCCUUUAACCUGUACGAUAUCAACAAGGACGGCUACAUCACAAAGGAGGAAAUGUUGGUUAUUAUUCAGUCAAUCUACAGCAUGAUGGGCAGAUACACAUACCCCGCCAUACACCAAGACGCCCCAUUUGAACAUGUGGAAAAGUUCUUCCAGAAGAUGGACAGAAACCAAGAUGGAGUGGUGACGAUUGAUGAAUUCCUGGAAACCUGUCAAAAGGAUGAAAAUAUUAUGCACUCUAUGCAGCUCUUUGAAAAUGUUAUUUAGAAGCAUCUGAAACUCUGUGCAGAAUUGGGGCAUCGCACACUGGAACCUUAGAUAUCGUUUCACACUCUUUGUAAUCCAGGGGAUCACUGAGUACGCUAUUUCCUCUACAAAACUUUUUUUAAAACAGUUCAAUUAACAAUUAGGAAGAAUUGUUUCUUUGCACCUCAACUCUUUUCUCAACAAGGUCUGACUGAGCAAGAUCUGCUCCUCUGUGGUGAGAAGAUAUUUUUCCAAUGGAAAUAAUGUUAUUCCCUCCAAGAUCCUGAAUCUGACAGAUUCAAAGCUCUCCAUACAUCAAAGGAAUGAGAUGGAAUAGAAGGAUUUACACUCAACAAUAACCAUAUCUCACUGUUUUAUUACUGCCCUCAUGGCUUAUUGGAGAAGCAAGAGAUGGAGCCUUCUCUAAAAGCUGUCACUCACUGGAAGCUCGUCUGAGUGGAAGCUACUGAUCCUGAGCAACCGAGCCGGCAGACUGGAAAUUCUUUAAACACUGAAGUAACUUCCAGCCCUACAUAAGGCUCCUUCGGUUUUAAUGGCU